UCUCAGCCGAGUGGAAGGAACAAAAAAAGCUGAAAGCGACCGACCGACCGAGAAGAGCACCAACAAAGAUCCGGAGAUCCUUUCUGUGGCCGCAGUUAACUAACUUCUACAGGCAGUAAAACUAAGCGGGUUACAAUGGCAUCUGUAACAUCGAAAACCCCGAUGCUCCGUGCGGCUGCGGUCCGUGGCUAUGCUGCACACGCACAGGCUGCCGCUGCCAGCCGUGGCUCGGCCGAAGUGCAGACGACCACCUUGCCCAACAAGCUGGUUGUUUCAUCCGCCGAACCGAAUGCUGCCGUCUCUCGGAUUUCCAUCGUUUUCCGUGCCGGAUCGCGCAACGAAACUGCCGACAGUCUCGGAGCCGCUCAUGUGCUGCGUGCGGCCGGAGGUCUUUCGACCAAAACCGCCACCGCGUUCGGUAUUACGCGCAACAUUCAGCAGGCUGGCGGUACCCUGACGACCUCGGCCGACCGCGAACUUGUUACGUACAGUGUCGCCGUGACGAAGGAUCAGCUGGAGGUGGGUCUGAAGUAUUUGGAAGCUACCGCCACCGGACAGGUGUUCAAACCCUGGGAGUUGGCUGAACUGACACCGAUCAUCCGCAAUGAGCUGGCCCGUUUGCCAACGGAAGUGCAGGCCGUUGAGCUGCUGCACAAGGCCGGUUUCCGUGACGGACUAGGCAAUUCCGUCUUCUGUCCGGAUUAUCUGGUUGGCAAGCAUUCGUCGGAAACGAUGCAACACUACUUUGCAACCAACUGCACCACGAACCGUGCGGCCGUUGCUGGCGUUGGUGUCGAUCAUCAGCUGCUGGUUGGCUUUGCCCAAAGCCUUGGCCUCGAGUCGGGAGCUGGCAGCGAGAAUAAGUCCACCUUCAACACGGGUGAGGUGCGCCGCGAGGGAGCCGGUUCGCGGGCUGCCGUUGCCGUUGGUGCACAAGCCGUUGGAUGGAACUCGCUGAAGGAAGCGGUGGCUUUCUGGGUGUUGCAGUAUGCUGCCGGCACCGGUCCGGCAACCAAGCGUGGUGCCAACAAUGGUGUGCUGACGAAGGUUCUUAGCGGUGUUAACUGUAGUUCGCUGUACAACGGAUACACCGACAAUGGCAUGUUCGGAUUCGUCGUAUCGGGCGAUGCGAAGAGCGCGGGUAAGGCAGUUGAGGCAGGCGUGAAGGCCCUCAAAUCCCUGUCAGUAACGGAUGCGGAUGUGGCCCGUGGUAAGGCGUCGGCCGUUGCUGCCGUGGUUGAUAUUACCGAGAACCAAAGUUCGCUGCACCACCAGCUGGGCGAAGAAUCGGCCCUGCUUGGACAGGUGUACAAGAAGAGUGACCUGAUUGCUGCCGUCAAUGCCGUCACCUCUGGUGAUGUUCAAGCUGCCGCCAGGAAGGUUGCUUCCAGCAAACUGGCCAUCGGUGCCGUUGGCAAUCUGUCCCACGUGCCGCACCUUUGUGAGUUGCAUUAAAUGCCGUCUUUAGAAGUAUGGACGACUCACCUA